AUGGAUAUCGGCUUUCUAGGAAAGAAAGGCAAGAAAGGAAAGGGCGAAGGAAAAGGAAAGGGUAAAGGAAAGAAAGCGCUUUAUGACGACUGGUCAUGGAGUGACGGUUGGGAAAAAUUUGACGACAGCUGGGACUGGUAUUCGUACCAGGACUUUGGCUGGAGCGAGUGGCCAGCAGAGCCACAACAGCAGCAGCAACCCGCAAGCACUUUGCCUGUGCAGAACCCUGCGCCGCAGCAAGAACAGAGCUCUACUUUGCCCAAGGCAGCAGUUUCUGCUGUCACUGUAAGUGAGCCUCCGGGACUUUCAGCCCCAACAAGGCCAAAGGCAAAGAGCUCUGUUAGUCCUGGUGCUUUGUUGAUGUCGGCUGUUGUCAUGAGCAACUUUGCGCUUGGAAGCAUUUUUGGGUGUGAUGACAUGAUGCGUGGAGUUGUUGACUUUGACUUUAGUGGUGAGCAGUUCGCGUGCUCAGCCCCUUCCGCUUUGCUAGCGCCUUUGGAGACUUUUUCGCUGAACAACAGCGAUGCAAAGAGACACAAGCUUUUCCAGGCCUCAGAUCUGGAUAUUCCGAACUUGAACACUUCUUCCAGAGACACUUUUCUUGAGGAACACUUAGUUGCCUCAGCCGUGCAGGAGGAUGCUCCUUGGAUUCUUUUCGAUUCAGGUAAAGCACCGCCUUUGAGAUCUAUUUCUGGUCAAGCUUUGACAGUUUACGGCUAUCAGGUGAACCUCUCCUUGGAUGAACAUACUUUGAGCACACCAGAUGGUAGGCCCGUAGAGUUGGAUGAUCUUGCUAAUGACCGAGUUGCUUUUCUGCAGUACGAAGAUGGUACUACGCAAACUUUGACGGACAAUUGGAGUGUUGAGGACAGCUUUGCUGCUUUGAGACUUUCACAGGCCUCAGCAGGAACUUUAGAAGCCUUCAAGGUAACUUUGCUUGAGCAGCUCAACGAGCAAGCUAAGAGCAAGAAGCUUUCCCUCAGGCAACCUGUGUUGCAAAUGGACUUUAGCUUUCUUUCAGAUAAACCGGGCGAAGACCAAAUCACUAUUUUGAAUGUUGUGGAUGUUCUCAGCAACAUGGCACUUUCAGUAGUGAUACCUACGAAGACCCGCACACCGUACUCUAAUGCCGAGCUAAGACGCUUUGUGCUAGAGACCGGCCGUACUUUUGGGAUCCUACAGUGUGACCCAGAACCAGCUUUGAAGGCCAUAGCUGAAGCGGUCACGGGUGAAGUAGGAGGACUUUCCCUGCGUAAGACCCCUGAAGGAUGGAAACAAGCCCAUCAGCACUUUGUCGCUGACGCUUCUGGUGUCUUUAAAACCCGCAGUGUUAAGCGUUUGCCACCUUCGAAGCAGGCAGACCUGGCACUUCUGCAGGCCAUUAAAGCCAGACCUUGGGACCCACAAGGCUCUAAAGUUGAGACGGACGCCUUCAUCUUUCCAGCUUCGCCGUCCGAGGAGGCGAGCGGUGAGAAGGCCACUUUCGAGCCUGGUGUUCCUUUAGACCCCCAAGCAGUUGAAGAAGUUGUUGAGCUUGAGCAACUUUUGGGCCAAGACAUGCCAGUUGAAGAUGAUGACAGCGUGUACUUUCCAUCCGAGGAUGGACAGGAAGCCCCUCAAACCACUUCCGCGCAAGCAAGGUCAAGCACUGACGCUGCUUUUCCUGAGCCACCCGCUGUGCGACCAAGACUUGAGGAGGCCUCUCCGACAAAGCGCACCUCGGAAACUUUGAACGUGGGAAGCUCUAAGGUUCAGCGCAUUGCUUGCGUAACUCUGGACAAGAAAACGAAGAAGAGGAAACUUAGAGCCCACGACUUUCGAGUUGCAGCUGUCACCACGAAGCAAGACCUCGAAGUGCCUGUAGCGGUGAAUCAGGAUGAGAGAGAACUUUCUCUUUCUAAGACUCCGGAAGAUCCGCAACUUUGGUACGAAACAGAGUUUCCGUACGAGGAAGAAGUUGCAGGCAUGAAGAAAGAGGUCAAGAGCGUGCAGGACUUUCAGAUGUUUGACGAAAUCGCCGUCGAGCAAGUCCCAGAUGAACUUUCGUUACACUCAGACGAGAUCUUUGCUUCCACACCGUCGCUGACGACCUUGAAGCUUUUGCUUGUGUUGGCAAUGGCCUUUAACUGGCACAUUGCGGUUGGUGAUGUUUCCACAGCUUUCUUGCAUGCCUCUGUGGACUCUGACAUCUUUGUCAUUCCACCGCUUGAGUUUUAUCCUCAAGGAGGCGUCUUGUGGAAGUUGCGCAAGGCACUUUACGGGCUCCGAAAUAGCCCAAAGCUGUGGCAGACUCACUUUGCCUCCGUUAUGGCCAAGAACGGCUUUAAACGCAUGAAGUCAGACCCAAACCUUUAUGUUCACGAGUCUAAACGGCUUUACGUGUUGGCGUACGUUGAUGGUCUCAUGUUCUUUGGACAAAAGCAUGAAGUUGACUCCAUGGUGCAAGACUUGCAGUGUGACUUACUUUUGAAGUUGACGGGCACUCUCUCCGAAGGUGAGAACGUCACUUUCCUCGGAAGAGAAAUCCGAAGAACCUCUGAGGCCAUUGAGCUUUACAUGAAAUCGGAGUACACUGAUCGCACGCUUGAGCUUUAUGACAUGAAGAGUUGUAAGCCGACUGCCGCUCCGGGUGCAGACACUUUGCGUAAGAAGCUCGAUGCUGAACCGUUGAGCAAUGAAGCGCACAAGCUGUACCGCCGAGCCGUCGGACAACUUUUGUGGCUUGCGAAUGUACGUCCUGAAAUCAUGUUUGCCGUCAAGGAACUUUCUCGUGGACUUUCGGCCCCCACGACCGAGCAUGAAGCCAAGGUGAAGCACCUUUUCAAGUUUCUUUCCGGGGCAAAAGACUACAAGCAGCGCCUGCAGCCCACACUUUCGCUUUCGCCGCAGCACAAGGCUUUGGAUGUCAACAUCUUUGUUGACUCGGAUUGGGAGUCUCAGCUUUUUCAAAAGACCAACCUUUCUGUUUUUACCGACUCAAACGUUGGUAAGA